CGGCACGUCACAAUCAGAUUCUGCUCUUGCCAUAAUUUCAUCCUCUUGGCUGAGCAACUCCAACGAGUCCUUGAUCGUUCCUUCCCGUAUCUUUUUAUGCCCACCCCCCCACCUUCCUAUCUACGCGUGCAGUGCCUGUGCCCGUGCCUGCCUACAACUGCAAAAGUCCUUUUCUUAGUGCCAGACUUUAUUGUUCUUGCCUGCGCCUUCAACCUCAACCUCAACCUCAACUUCCGUCCACUCUUCUGAACCUAUCAGCACUUCACCAUCCAAACAUCUAUCUAGGAGGCUGACCAGCCUCAACCAGUCCGCCAACAGUGGCACAUCUCACAAUCUAUCUUUCUACUACAGCAACAGCCACAGCGCAGGCUCUUGUGCCAUCAUCUCCAUCGAUACACACCAACUCUUCAUUUCAACCUCCUUUAUUCUCAUGACCUGACCUCAAUCCUACUCGCCCACCAUGUAUCUGACAUCUAAAACCCUCGUCCUACUCCUCUCAGUCAUCCGAUCAACCCUCGCAUCAACAGAGCAAGUCUCGAAACCUUGUACAAUCAUAUCCCCUACUUCAGGUUCCUUCUUCGACCUCCGUCCCCUUCAAUUGACUGUUGAGGGAACAAAAUACCAGGUGGCAACAAACGAGUCCUAUCAUGUCAAAGGCUACGACUAUCCCUCAAACUUUUCCAUGAACUUUUGCGCUCCUGUCGUCGAAGAACUGGUAGAUGUCGAGGGAAUACCCACUUCCAGAAUCGCAAACGUGUCGGCCUUCUACAAGGACAGCCGCGGCGAUAUUCACAGUAUAGGACAACAGAACGACCUUCCCUUUUUCCGCGGCAAGAAGCUCCUCCUCAACUACACUCAGGGUUCUCCGUGCCCCGAUCUCGACGAGGACGGCGUCCCCCAAGACCCAGAUCUCGUCGAAAGAAAGACCAACAACCGUCGCAAGUCGACUCUAUUGUCAUUUGUCUGUGACACUGCUCCAAAUUUGUCCGGACGCCCUGCAAUCUCCUUUAUUGGCUCACUUGACCACUGCACCUAUGUUUUCGAAGUGCGAUCCCGCAACGCCUGCGGUGGUACAACCCAGUCUGAAGAGAAAGGCACCUUGGGUCCCGGCGCCGUCUUUGCUGUCAUCCUGGGUAUCGCUCUGUUGGUCUAUCUUAUUGGUGGUAUCGUUUAUCAACGCAACGUCAUGCACCAACGUGGUUGGCGCCAAUUGCCCAAUUACGCCGUCUGGGCCGGCCUGGUCAGUUUCGUCUCGAGCCCGUUGUCCUUGCACAAUCGUCGGAAACGUCGUCCUACAAAUUCCAAAGACGCCUGGCAGCCGCACACUUACUCUUACAAAUCCGACAUGCCCUGAAUCUCGCUGCGCAAAAGCGUCCACCCGCUGACUUUUGCCCAUCAAGGAUAUGUUCAUCAUCCUCUUCUCGUCUUGCUCUCAGAGAAUGCCCAAUAGACUUACAGAACUCUUUGCUGGUCGAAGAGGUUAUCAUCGUGUCGGUGAGAACCGUGCCCCGGAACGCGGUCCAAACGCCGACGACGAGAACCGUUUGAUCGACCAGUUGGACGAGGAAUGGGACGAUUAAAACCCACCCACUCCAGCAACGCACAAGUGGACCACAAUAGAAAACGCGUCCUCCUCUCGCGUGCCGCUCAUUGAUGCUCGAAUAUUUUGUUUUGCUAUUUCAGGCGAAUAUCCUCCUACAUGCAAAAAUAUCCGGCAUCCUACAGAUUUCAAGGUUCAUAUACAAAACAAUAUGUGCUUCAUCGCCCGGUCGAGCCUGUGUCGAAUCCUCCGCCCAUGUCGCUCUCGGGUCCUCCUCCGGCCCCAAGAUCACUCAGGUCCAUGCCAUCCAGCGCCGUCCCGCCAUAUUCACCCAUCUCACUAUAGCUCGGAGGCUCAAUGUUGAACGGCAGUAACCAUGCCGACGAACUCAUAUCCACCGAGCCCCCAUUCAUGUCCCCAUAUCCUCCAAAGCCGGUCCAAUCAAUGGCGUCCCAGGGGGUGUUGGUCGUAAAGUUGUUCAUGGGGGAAUUGGCAUUGAGGGACAGACCCUGCCCGGCG